ACAGGAAUGGACAGUUCAUGUGGGCGGAAGGCAGCGCUAGCGGUAGCGAUUGUAUGUACUCUAUCAGCUGUUAAUCAAGUCAACAGUCAAAGGUUAUACCAAACUUCAACUCCUUAUUACCUCCACCCAUGCUCACGUUCAGACCCCAACAUCAACCAGUGUCUCACAUAUGCCGCAAACCAUCUUGCCAUGAACUUCAGGAGAGGCAUCCCAGAGUUGGGAGUAACGGAAGUGGAGCCCAUCACUAUAGAUGAGAUCAAUCUGGCACUGGGUGCAGGGCCUGACGGUUACAGAGCAACAUUCCGCAACAUUGAAGCUUAUGGUGUAAGCAAUCUCACCGUCACUGGAGUUAGAUCAGACCUGAACACUCUACAGUUUCAAUUGGCCUUUUACAUACCCAAAAUCUCUGUGAGGGCAAACUACCGCAGUGCUGGAGUUCUCAUUAUGGUCCAAGCUACAGGGGGUGGAGACUACUGGGGCGAGUAUGGAGGUGUACGAGCUAAAGUGUAUUUCCGAGCCAGCCCUCUAGAGAUCAAUGGCCAACAGUUUCUAAGACUGGAGGACCUCAAGAUGGACUUCAGUGCCAAAGAGCUUCAAAUGGGGAUAAAAAAUGUGCACAAUGGCAAUGCUGUAUUAGAGGCAGCCCUUAAUCUGUUCAUCAAUUCUAAUGCUCAAGAGCUGCUGAGGGAGAUGAAGCCUUCAAUCAAGAAGAAACUGCUUGUAACAAUGAGGCAUUUCAUUGACAAUCUUUUUGACAGGAUUCCUUACGAUAAUUGGAUCGUUGACUGAUUUCUUUCCUCAUUUCGUUUACUUUGUACUUUUAUUAUUUAUAUCGAAACCAAAAAACAUAAUUAUAGUAUUUUUAUAUAAAA